ACAAAGUUUUUGGUUUUAUAUUCCCUUUUUUUUUUUUUAAAUAAAAAGCAUCGUCCAAAUGGGCAAGAAGAAGCCAGAAGUGGCCAAUAGAGCCGUGCCAUCUCAAAUGCCGGUUAAAAAACACGAACACGUCCAAAAAGAGAAUCGAAAUCAAAACGAACAGCAGAGCUCGCAGCCGCCGCGGGCCAAAACCCAGAAGACGCCCAAGGAAAAGGCAAAGCGGCCGCAAAAUGGCACAGCCGACGAAAUAAAUAAAGUGCCGGCAAAGAAGCGCAAGCUCUCUGACAAGCAGAACGGCGACGCUGACCAAAUCGAAGCGGAGGACGGACCGCAGGUCGAAAAGAAGAUGGACACCUCGAAAAUAAACAAGGGCAUUUUCGCCAUAUUCAACAAGCUGCAGGACACCAACAAGCAGAACACACAAAAGCACGUCAACGAAAUGAUUGCCCUGCUCACCAACGAAGCCGUCGCGGAAAAGCGCACCGCAACCUGCGCAUAUGCCUUAAAGCGUUUGGUACGCUGCACCGGCGCCGAUGACAAGGAAGCAGUGGCCCUUAACGCCAGCUAUAUUAACAGCAUACUGCGCGAUGUGCCCGGCCUGGAUCCGAUCGAGCUGAUCGGCGUGCUGAAGCGCGAGCUACACGCGAGCAGCCAGCAGAAGGGCAAGGAGGAGACGUUGGCCGCUGUGGGCCAGCUCAUAACCGUUUUGGCCAUUAUGCAAAGCCAAUACUUCCAGCAGCCUACGGCUGAGUUGAUAGCCGCCGUCUAUCCCAUAUUGAUAGCACAGCUAAAGGGACGCGAAUAUCUGGUGUCCCUGUGUGCGGACAUCAUGGCUGACUCCUUCAAGCAGGUUAGCUUGGCCAGUUUUCAAUCUCAUGUCUGGCCGCUGCUGCAGCCGGAACUGAAUAAACCGAUUACGGCACAAAAGCUGCAUGGCUGCGAUCUGCUGUUGUCCGUGCAUCUGAACUAUCCCAAGCUGUUGCCGCUGCGCCAGCUGCAGACGAUGCUCUGGCGCAAGCAGACCCAAUUCGAGCAGUUGUUUGACACAUAUUUAAACAAUGCAACCAUGCAGGGCGACGGCCUCUAUGCGCGUCUGGGCAAAUUUCUGGCCACCUGUUCCAGCGAACAGGUGCUGGCCGCCUGGCAGCAGCAUAUCGCUGAACACUUGCCCUUCAAGCAUGGCACCGCCAAGAGCUACAUCAUCCAAACGUUGUCCCAUGUGCUGAUGCACUAUGAUGAUGGCAGCCGCACGGAUAUGCAGCUGGAGCAGCUGUUUACGCUGGAGCCGCUCGUGAGCAUGUUGCUCGGCGAACUGACGGCCGCCAAGAAGCUGAACAGCAAGGCGAAUGCCAAGGCAAAGGCUGGCCAGCGCCAGUUGCGUUAUAUAUGCCGCAAAUUUGAGACCGCGCUGCUCGUCAGCUUCCAGCAGCAGCUGAAGCAGGAUGCCUGCAAGCUGGGCAUACUGCGGCCCAUGCUGCAGUUGCAGCUACAGCUGGAUAACAUUGUGCAGACGCCACGUUUCACGCAGCAGCUGCUCGCUCAGCUGGGCGAGCAGGGUCUGGAGCAGAUGUAUGAGUUCUAUAGCGAACAGUUUACCAGCAACAACGAGCUGUUGACGCGCACCAAUCGCGAGCAUUGCCUCAAGCAAAUGCAACAGCUGCAGAACUCCAGGCGCAACAAGCAGCUAGAAUUUUUACUGUUCGCCUCGCUCUUCCAUCUGGACGAUCAGCAGAAGCCUUGCACGGCCGACGAGGCGGCCGUGUUCAGUCGUCAGGCAGCCUCACGCUGCGAGGAGACGCUCUUCAGUUGCCUCGUAAAUAAGAUUGGCACCAACACCGAGCAGCUGGCCGCGCUCAAUGAGCAGCUGCGUCCGCUGCUCGUUCAGCUGGCCAAGAAGCUGUCCAAGCCGGGCAUCGAGGGCAAGCUGCGCAUUACUGUGACGCCCGAAAUGCGCGUCAUGUGGGAGAAGGUGCAACAAGUGUUGAACGCGCCGGUCAAGGAAAAACAGGCCCUGGCUGUUAUCUUUGAUGCGCUGAUCCUGUUCCUGGGCCUGGCCAUGCUUACGCCCAGCUGCAAUGUUGCCCUGGACCUGAUCGAUGAUUUGUUCAUUUGCAAGCAGAACGCGCUCAAGACAAAGCAGGCCAAGGAUAAACAGCGCAAGUCUGCGGCUGAACCGGAACCCAACUGGCAGGAGGUGCUCACAGAUGUCCUGCUCCAAUUGCUGCUGCAAACCGGACACUUUUGGCGUUUGUUUGUGAAUGCGAUUGGCGGCGCGCUAAUGCCGCAUUUGAACAAAAGGAAUCUGGAACAGUUUCUGGAGUUGCUAGACAUGGACAGGAAUCCGUUGGACGACAAAGACUGGGAAGUCAAUGAGGGAGAUGACGAUAAGGACGAUGAAGAUGACAAGAGUGAUGAGGAGGAUGAAGAUGAUGAAGACGAUGACGAUGAUGAGGACGAUGAGGAGGAUGAGGAAGAGGAUGAUGAAGCCACCAACUUGGCACGAAUACGCGAGGGUGUACGCCAAGCGCUGCUCAGCAAUGAAAAUGAUGACAUCGAUUCCAGCAGUAUAGACUGGAACGACGUUGGCGAGGAAGAGGGCGAACGUCUUAACCAAGCGCUGGAGCGCGCCUUCCACAUCCGCAAGCCCAAGGGGGCCAAGGGCAAAAAUGCCAAGCGCCAGACCAAAUCGGAGCGCAUCACCGACACCGCAUUGCUGCACUUGCGCAUACGUGUCCUGGAUCUAGUUGAACUGUUCAUCGGUGCACAGCCCCAGCUGGAUAUCAUACUGAACGCACUGCUCAGCAUCCAGAAGGUCUAUAGGAUCAGCAGCGCGGAUUCCAAACUGCAGCCCUUGGCCGAGGCCAGCAAGAAGACGCUGCGCAAGCUGCUCGCCCAAAGGAUAAGCUAUCAAUCGCCCGACCAGGACAAGCAGCCAAUUAUCGAUUGCAUCAAGCAAUUGCUGGAACAGAACGAGGAACAACCGCCGCUUGCGGGUCCGCUCAAGCAGCCGCCCAAGGCCAAGGGUGAUUAUGUUGUGUGGCGCAACAAAUGCAUCGCCUAUUUGGUCAGCCAAUUCAAUGAGCCGAAUGUCACGGCCAGCGAUGUGUGGCCGCUGUUGCAGAGCUUUGCCCAGGACUGGGCCAGUCGCCGCAACAGUCCCUAUCAGUUGGCCACCUUUGAUGCCAUCUUCGGCUCGCCUUGGAUCGGCAUUGGACGCUAUGCGGCCAGCUUUUAUGCGCUCCUAUCGAUGAACUUGCGUCUCUUCCGUCGCGUCCAAAUUCUCGAGCUGCUGCUUAAGAAUUGCCGUCGCAUUUGCAAUACCCUUACGAAUAAGCAGCAGACAACCCGAGAGUUCCACGGCAUCCUCAGCAAAUAUGAGCCAGUCGGCGACAAGGAUCGCAGUCUGCAAAAGAAGCUGCUCGCUCAGCUGCAAAAGGUCCUCACGGAGGCUGAAGAUAACGCCUAGUCUUUAACCGG